AUGCCUAUCAUUGAUGGUACAAUUUUGGAACUAACAGGUGGGAAAGAAAAAACACGUGAAAUUUUGAGCAAAAUUGAAGACCGAAUUUCAACCCCUCAAGUUCAUAAGGUCAUACAUGACCUGAAAUCAAGCUGUGCUGACCUUCAUAAUGUGGUGGAUGAUCCAUUACCAGCCGCAAAAGCAGCUGCAGAUAAGGUGUUGGCUGCAAGGAUGGAUAAGGCAGUUCAUAUUAAUGAUGAAGAAUUUAACAAUCAGGCUGCGAAUUGUAGCAUUGCUGGUCCAAGUGCUGUUAAUGACCAAGGCGAUACAUUGAGAAAAGGCACGCCAUCAAGUCUUAUGGAUUGGAACCCUACAGCACAAUCUCUUCUUUGGGAGGAUUCGCUUGAUCCUGAUGGUUCAAGAUCACAAUCACAUAGACCGCACUUGCCUAGCCCAAGGAGAAUACUGGUUUCUCCGUUGCAAGUGGCAGAAAACAAAGCUAGGCGUAGAAGGGCAAGGAGGUGGAGCUCGGUAGAAGAAGAGACAUUAAGGAAGGGCGUUGAACAAUUUGGUAGCAGCAAUUGGAAGGAUAUUUUGAUCCACAAUCCCGAUGCUUUUAUUGGUAGAACAACGGUGGACUUGAAGGAUAAGUGGAGAAACAUGAUGAGAUAG